AUGGAUAGCCAUACCAGCUCUAAUGACCGUACAACUGCCUCUGGCCAUUGCCGGCUUCCCUAUACCUGCCAAUACUGUUUCAAAUCAUUUGAGUCUGGUCAGGCUUUCGGUGGCCACCAAACUGCUCACAGAGAAGAAAUAAGGUUCAACUAUGGUAUAGUUGAAAGUCAAAACCUCCCCAUUUCACCUGUCCCAGAGGAACUUACUAUUGAACCAGGACUUUACCAACAAGGACCAGUUGUGUCCACUGAUGUGAUAGGAGAUGGGGUUCUCCAGAGUGCCACCAAAGACCCUUUUGUGGAAUGGAUGCCAUAUGAGAAUCCUACCGGGUCUAAGGAGAUUGUCACCAAGGACCUUUUAAGGGAAUGGGUGCUGCCAAUAUAUGCUAUUGGGAGAGGUGAAGGUGGAGAAGGCUCAAAUGUUCAUGGAAUUGUGUUGGACCCUGCUGCUAGGGUUUCAGAGGGAGAUGAGCAAGCUGAUGAGACUAAUUCAGAGAAAAAGGAGGAUUUGGACUUGGACUUGAAGCUAGGGAUGUUCUAUAUGUUUGGUCUAGACUAG